GGGCGGCGGGGCCGGGCCGGCUUUGGGGUCGGGCGCCCUUGGGCCGAACCCGGCGUCGAAGCCGCCGCCGGGCCGAAGGGGCCGCGGCUCCGCUGGUGCAUCCCGGGGCGGGCCCCCUUCUCCUUUGCGAGGCCGCCUCGGGGCGAGGGAGGCCGUGGCUGGUGCGGGCGACCCUGCGGCGGUGGGCCCGCGGCGGGAUAUGCCCAAGGGAAGCGCUCGGGUCCUGCCUGGCUUUACUUGGGGUGCGGAAAGGGGAUUUCAUACUUCUUGGUCGUAUUCGUCUAUAUAAAAACUCUUUCUCCCCGCCACGGUCGGCAUAUGCCUGUCAAAAUUGGCGAGUUGAUGAUGUUUUGUGCAGCUUUGCUGCAGGUGUGAAUUAUUUCUGCAACAUGAUCUUAGCGGGCGCUUUUCCAGACAGUGUAAGUAGCCUGGCUGCAUGCUGCUGUGUCUGUUUCCGAAUCACGCCUUGGCGAUGAAGUGAUGACACACAGUGUGUAAAACUCAGAUUAUCAAGCUCAAAUUAUUUUCUUUUCUUGUCUUUUAAGAGUAUUUGUUGUCAUGAAGAACUUGUAAGUUUCACAGCUUCUAUAGUAAAAGUUGGAGUUUGGUGUAGAUGGUAGGAAGGAGGAGAAGAGUUACAGGACUCACACUGUUUUGAAAUUAGGCAACUGCAAACUUUGACUGUGACAUUCGUAAGUCUUUGGAGGUUUAGGUGUCUUUGCAAAACUAUUUCCGCCGUUCCAUUUUUGGGAGGCUUCAAACGAAGCUCAGGUUUGUUUACCUGGAUUGUGUUGCCUUCUUCCUUAUUAAUUUCCAUUCUGCUGCUGCCAAAAUUUCAUCUAAUUAUUCACAGCAAGUUAUAUGUUUCCAUGUGUUGAAUAUAUUUGCUUGUAAUACCACCCUUAGAUUAACUCGGAGGGUUCCCAUCUACAAGAUACCGAUCUUUACAUUUGAAGGUUUUCCAGCCACCCACACCCCAUAUUCCUGCUCCACCUUGGCUUGGGGGCAGUGACAAAGACCUGUUUCUUGUGUGGAAGUUGGUACUUCAGCUUUUUGACUACUGGCUGCGGUUCUUGCACAACAUUCUUGCAGUUACUUAACCAGACACUCUGGCUUACUUUGGGGCAGAUUCAAAGAAAUUUCUGAAACUUCUUUUUUCAUGUGUUCUGUUUUUCUUUUGAAUAAUAAAGUAGGGGGUCUUCAGGGAUUUGUUUUUUAGAUGUUGCUUCCUCUGUAUAUUUUGGCACCCCUGCAAGCUUCCCACAGGGAGUGUAAGUUUGUCUCUGCCUGGCCUUCACUCUGUUUUGAAUUUUACUUCUGGUAACUCCUGAUAUAAAAUAUAAAUACUUCUUUUCCUAUUGAAUCUUUUUUGGGUACAGAUGGGAAACCUUGAAACCCUAGGGAUGAAUUUCAGUUAACAGAAGAUAAACAGUGUGUAGUGUCCCUGUCUAAACAGUUGUUCUGCUGGCGUGCAAAAUUAACUGUUGACUUGCAUUGGCAGUGAAUCUUUGCAAGACAAAGUUGGUAUUUUAUUUUUGUCUUUAUUCAUAAUACUGUAGUUGUAUCAAAUAGUGCUUUUCAUCCUGAAAGAGCCUAUCUGCAUGGGAAAGGUUUUACUUUGUCAUGAUAUUCAAGUUUGAACUUACACUGGGCCUGUUAAUUUCAGUUGGUAACUAACUGGUAAUUGAUCAGAAAGAGACUGUGGAUCUGAAGUUUCAGCCUCUGUUCCCUGCACAGGAGCUUCCUGGUUACCUUCCUUUCCUCUUCUAGUGCCCAUCUCAUUUCAAGUCUCAUCAAGCUCUUGGGCAGCUCACACACCAUGCGCCCAGUUUCUUUCAUCUCUCAUGCUCUUGCCAGUAUAAGCAGGUCAGGCUCAGCUCUGAUCCCCUCCUGCUGCCCUGUACAUGUCAUAGUGUGACCCAGUUUCCAGCACUUUACUUGGCUCACUGUCAGCCCAGGAGUUCCUGGAUGUAGGUUAGGUCCUGCAAGGAUUCCUGUUUCCAGCUCAGACUGUAACAACAUUAUCGAGUUAAGUUAAUAUAGAAGAAGGCCUGUUGAUUAGAAAACAGACAUCUAUGUUUAUCUUCUACUGCUUGUAUGAAGUAAUGCAAGCUGAUCUACGCACAGUUACAGUGAGCUUUGGAAAGGAUUGUUUGAGAGAAUUGCAAGUACACUACAGCUGAAAAACCAAUAAAAUGUAAACAAUCCCUAACAGAAAAAUGAGUUCUGUGGUCCUGACUGCCACUGUACUGUGUAUUCAAGAUUUUUUUUUUUUAAUUUAAAGAAACCUAAAUCUACUGAAUAUGUUUUGAACAUUGAUAUAUGUAUUUUUUUCUUCAACCUGUAUAUUAUCCAUUAAGAAGAGAAAUGAUGGCAGGAGUCACAAACAUUCAGACAACCAACUGUUGCCUGGGAAUAACUUCACGAAUGAAUGCAACAUUCCCGGAAACUUCAUGUGCAGCAAUGGACGCUGUAUCCCAGGGGCCUGGCAGUGUGAUGGGCUACCAGAUUGCUUUGAUGACAGUGAUGAGAAGGAAUGCCCAAAAGCCAAAUCCAAAUGCGGUGCCACGUUCUUCCCCUGUGCCAGCGGGAUCCACUGCAUCAUUGGCCGCUUCCGGUGCAACGGCUUCGAGGACUGUCCCGACGGCAGCGAUGAGGAGAACUGCACAGCAAAUCCCUUGCUUUGCUCUACUGCCCGAUUCCACUGUAAAAAUGGUCUUUGCAUUGAUAAAAGCUUUGUGUGCGACAGUCAAAAUAACUGCCAAGACAACAGCGAUGAAGAAAGCUGUGAAAGCCCUCAAGAGGCAGGGAGCGGCCAAGAUUACGUGACCUCUGAAAAUCAGCUGCUUUACUACCCGAGUAUUACCUACGCCAUCAUUGGCAGCUCUGUCAUUUUCGUACUCGUGGUGGCCUUCCUCGCCUUGGUGCUGCACCACCAGCGCAAGCGCAACAAUCUGAUGACGCUGCCGGUGCAUCGCCUGCAGCACCCCGUGCUGCUGUCCCGCCUCGUGGUCCUUGACCACCCGCACCACUGCAGCGUCACCUACAACGUCAACAACGGCAUCCAGUAUGUGGCCAGCCAGCCCUACCACCGGCCAGCGGAGCUGGACUCCCCACCAUCCUACUCAGAGGCCGUGUUUGACCAAAGCAGACCACCUUGGUUUGACCUUCCUCCACCACCUUACUGUUCUGAAUCUGAAUCCCCUAAUCAGCCAGACCUUCCUCCUUACCGCUCUCGGUCGGGAAGCUUGGCCAGCACAGACACCCCCGUGGCAGAAAGUCCUGUGGGCACAUCCGAUAGCUGGACGAGGGAGUUCCAUGGCAGCGUGGAUGGGCACAGAACUCUGCUGGAGAGGACAGUAGAUCAGAGUGAUCCUCUGGUCAGCCACACUGCUGAAAGAGAAGUGUAACUGCUCCAGUAGUUGGGAUGGCCAGAAGGCAUUUACUGUGUCUGUGUGGGUUAAUCUGCUGUGGCUAAUAGGUUUCAGGGGGACAUGUGCCUGAACAUUGACUUGCUUUGAAUUCACACUGAGUUAAUAUUUGAAUUCAGCAUUUUGGGCUCAUCAAAGUUAGAGCAAGGAGAGCUAAAUCUACAGUCACAUCAGCUCUCCACAGUCUUUCUGUGAGCAAGUUCUGGUUCAGACAAAAAGAGAAACAUCAGUGCUUUGUCAGAAGAACUGAUGUGGUGUAUUUAUUGGACUGCUUAUUGUAUAUGAAUGUAUAUAUGUGUGUGUAUAAUAUUUACAGAAGUUGCACACGAGAGCUCUGCCAGAAGGACUCUUGUUUUCAGACUGCCUUCCAUCCUCUCAAUGUGGGAGCUGUUUCUUCUUACUAUCUGGUGCCAACUGGUGGUCACUGAAGCACAUGAGAGGCACUCAUGCUGGUUAGAAGUGUGGUGCCCAAUGCCAGUCCCCUGGCAGUGCCCAAAUUGCAGAAAAUCUCCUGCUUGACCCAUCUCUGCGUGGCCUGGAACAUUCUCACUGUUUAAGCUUGUGAGGAUGCAGAAACUCUAACUAAGCAAGGUUUUUUUUCCCCCAGAUGCCAGUAUCUAGGCCGAAUUUGCAUGGGUUGUCUCAGCAGCACUGCAAAGGUUGGCCUAUCUGUCAAAUGUCAAGGCUGAGUACAGAGGCACUGAAGUUUCUCAAAACAACAAAGCAGACCUUCUUUUCCUGUGUGGCAUAAAAUUACUCCAUGUAUUAUUCCCUUUUGAAAAAACCCCACAAGUGAACAACAAAACAAACACCCAAAUUGUUCCAGCAAAAGCUUGAACUCCAAAACUGCUGCAAGGCAAACACCCAGAACAGAAAGCUUUAAUGUUGGUGAGUGGUUUGCUAUAUUUGUAAAAUACCUGAAAGCAGGUGAAGCAGUGAAAGGUGUGGGCUUGGCAUCCCAUCUGCAGCAUGUGUGUGAACAGGCAUGGAUACCUACCUGUGUGUAGGUAUGUGCGUAGCGUAUCAUUUGGGUUUAGUUCUGUUACACCACAAGAACUCUAAUGUCAAAGUUUUGGUUUUGAUAAACUCAUUGGUUUUCACAGGGCUUGCAUUAUUCAGAUUCAUUUGGUUGAAAUUCUAACUUCUGCAGCAGAAUUAUUUAUGUCUGUUCUGUCAUAAGUCUUGUAAUGUUCUCCUGUCAAAUGUGUUUCGGUGCACCUUGUUGAAUCACUAUGUGAAAGCACCUCUGAGGUUAAAGGUAUUUAGAGAGGCAAGAGGGAAGAAGCUGUGAAUUUAAAUGCCACUGCAGUGCUGUACUUGUGCUCGGUAUACAGAAAACAGCGCAGUGUCUUCCUCUUGUCUGGGGAGAAAUUUGCCUUGAAAAAUUAUUUAUAUUUGUCCAUCUCACAUAUCUCACUCUUUCUAUGUAAAAAAGAACAAUGUCAUUAAACAGACCUUGCUGUUUUGAAGGUAGUGAAGGAAGCUGACUGCCCACACUUUCUGCUUUCUUCCUCCCCAUCUUUGUAAGGUAGAUUCUUUUGCCCAAAGGUUACAUGCUCAGAACAAAGAAUUUGGAGUGUAGGUAAGGCAACAACUGAAGUUCAGUCUCAGUUCUCAUAAAUACACCUGAAUUUUUAGGGAGAGGUUAGGUGUUGUUUUUUGGGUUGUUUUUUUUCAUUUCCAGCUUUGGAGUCUGUUGCCACAACAUGCAAGAGGCAAGGACCAGAUAGAUUUACAAGCACAGGUUAUUCCAGGACUGAGGACAUGGUGGGGAGUCCUGGAGAAUUCUAAUGCUGAUGGGCUAGGCUGACUUUGGAAGCAGAUUAAGGGCAGCUUUCAUUACAGGCUUAGGCAGCCUGUAGUGAAGUGCAUUGGUGAAGAUGCUUCUAGUUCCUUGGAAAGUAAUGUACCAGAGUGGCUCAGAUUUCAUCCUUGCUGAGAACUCAAGCAUUGUAAUUAUGCUGUCCUGCACAAAGCAGGAUUUAGCUUUAUUACUGACUGACCAAGGUCAUAGGCAGACUGUUGUCAUUGCACAGAGCAGACAGCUAUUCUUUAUUUUACAGGCAGAUCAGACUCAGGUAUGUGAAUGAGUUAAUAGUACAGAUGGGUGCAGGGACAUCUCCUGUGAUCACUGGACCCUGCCGUCCCUCCUGCCUUUCCAUAAGGUUCUGCUUGGCCUCUGUAAGAGAGCUGUGUUAUGCUGUAUCAGAAUUAACCUAAAUGGUUUUCUGUUGCAGUUUUAUAAACUUGAUAUUUGCCUUGAAAUCACACCAUCGAAGAGUUUGCAGUAGUUUCAUUGUAAUUAGCUAUCUUUUUAAAGUUGCCUAAAGCUGUAUUACUGAAACUAAAUCUUUGUGUCCACUACCCCUCAAACAAACCUUCCACAGAGGAUUGUAUUUCACCAUGUGUAUUCUAAGACACCAGAGGGUGUGUGUGUGCCUAUGGCAUCUGAAAAACAUUGUCUCACAUUGCUAAGUAGGAAAAGAGUGAAUAUAGCCUGUUUCUUCUGUCUUGUGUCAGUCACUGUCAUAUAUGUACAUAUAUAUAUUAAAAAAGAUACUCUUUCAGGAUGUAUAUAUUCAUAUAACUUUUGCAUUAAGAUAAUCCGUUUGGACUUUACCAAAAAAAAAAAAACAUAAAAAUAUUCUUAAUGGUGUGAUGUUUUCCCUUCCAGCUAAGGGUGUAUUUAUCUUUGUAUAGGAAUCAUCUAGUUUUUGAGAACACAACUUAAAAGGAGAUUGUGCCUUUCUGUUUGAAUGUUAAUUGGAAAAGCUGUUACCUGCAUUUCUGGGUGUUAUGUAUCAUUGUCUAGAGAUCCAGAGAAAGCAACAAAUCUUGUCUUCCUCUUCCUUGUUACUUAUGGGGACCACUGAACUUUAGGGACUACAGCAAUUCAGUUUCUUGUUCCAAAAAAGUGUGCUAAAACUUGGGGUGGCUCAUCUUACUCCAGUUUUCUGGUUUGUAAAGCAGAUUUGCUAGGCUGGUUUCUUUGGAAAUUGCUGUAGUAUCACACAGAAAUUGUUUAUGGUGUAUCACUUCUAGUGUGUUAAUACAGGAUUACGCUGCAUUAUUCAGUGGGAUCUUUAGGAAACGUGCUAAAUUAAAUUAAAUAUUGCAUUGAAAAUCCUGCAGCUUGUAAGGCUGAAGUUAAAUGUUCAUCCAAUACCACGUGGUAGCGUUUCUUUUCAGUAGCAGGUAAAAUUGGAAUUGAUCAUCCUAUUGUUUGCAGUUGUUCUUAACCUUUUAGUUUGAUGUUAGUCAUCCAAGAGCUUUCCUUUCUACUUAAUAUUUAAACAAAUGAAUGUUAUUUCAAAGACUUAUUCUUACAAAAGUAAAAUCAAUUGAAGUUCUCUUGAAGAGCCAAAUUCUGUUUCCACAUCUGUACUGAAUGGUGACCACUGUAUUGAAUAGUUCUCAGUGCAGCUAUUAAUAUAUUUGAACAAAAGAGUUUGAAGAAAUGAUUACUUGAAGUAAAUGAAGGCAUGUUGGAAAGGUCAUUUAAAUACAAACAAAUAAAUAAAAUUCAGGAGCUUCAACUGUAACCUCUGCUGAAAUCAGCAUGCUCUGUAUUUAAAAUGAAGCCUUUAGUGAUUCUGCUUGAUAGUAAUCUGAAGUUCCUUGUAAGGCAAAUUGCCAUUUACCUCUCUGGUAUUGGAAAUGGAAAACUGGCACUGAUGCUUUUAAAAGAGAGCCUUUGAAUAAUUUUCUUGGCUCUUGUCUGCAAUGACAUAUACAAAAACACUGACUGCCUUGCAAUUUUUAAAUAACUGCAUUCCUUCUUCCUCUACUUUUAAGCCAAAUCAGUUUUAUUUACGCCACUUCACUUUGAUACAGCUAAUAGGGCCCUUGUGAUAGAUUUAGAAACUGAGUGGAGGAAAGAGAUGACUCUCACUUUAAUUAAUGCUGCAGCUUGUUAAUCUUGUACUCUUUCCUUUUAGACAUCGUAGCAAAGACAAAUGGUUUUAGUAGAUAAGGAAAACUAUUAAUGAUGAAAAGGAUGGAGGGACACUGAUUCUGAUUUUUAAUGAACAUUCAAAAUUGUAUAAAUGAAGAAAAAAAUUAAUGCUGUGUUUUUAAUGCGGUGAUCAAAUGACAAGUACUGUUUUUAACUGUUGCUUAUUGGAAGCUACUUUGCAUAUAAUGCCUGGAACUAAAAUUGUAAGACAAGGGCUUUUCUUGCAGUUCUUACUAGAUCUGCAGUAUUUUUUUAUUAACACAGGUUAUAUUACACCAAUGGACUAAAAUAUGGACUGCAGGAAGAAUUUCAUUACUGUGCUGGAUUUUGCCUGAAUGUAUCCCGGUACAGGAGUGUGGCCUUCAUUUGUCUUUUUUUUCUUUCUGAUUUGAAGAGUUUUGUCAACUUGAAACGGAGACGUUACUUAAAUGCUUUAAAAGAGGUUAUAUGUUGAAAGCCAGCCUUGUCUUAAACUUUUGUAAACUGGAAAUCUUGAAAAAUGUAUUCCGUACUCUUGAAUAAAGUUGGUGUUUUAAUACUGUUCACAA